UUUUGCGAAAGAAUUGUGAUGGCGGUCCAACGAAUGAAGGCGCUGGCGACGCUCGCGGCGCUGGCCAGCCACAGCGCACUUGGGUCUGUGCGCGACCUUCGUGGAUUUGGUAGUGCACAGCAUGUCGUGCUCUUCGGACUGGACGGUCUCGACGUACGGUGCUUGCACCAAGCCCUGGCAAAUGGCAGCGCGCCGUACUUGGAAUAUAUGCGCAACCACGGUGUGUACACAGACAAGGCGCGAAACAACAAGCCCGCCGUGAGUUUGCCCAACUGGGCGUCCAUCUUUUACGGCGCGGGGGUCAUGUUUCACGGCGUAACUUCGAAUGGAUGGACGUAUUGCACGAGAGAGGAAGAUGAUGUCAACUAUACACCGCCAUACCUAGACGAUUGCGUCGUGUACCCCGACUUGUUCACCGUCACGAAGCAGCAGCAGCCCGACUUUGUGACAGCGUUGUUCUACGAAUGGACCAAUUUUGACGCGAUUUUGCCGAAUGAGACCGUACCCAUCGACACGCGGCGCUUCAUCGACAGCUCGGAUUGCGAAGGGACAACCAAUGCAUCGCAACUCUUGACAGAUGAAGCGUUGACGCUCAUCACGCCAACUUCGAUGCCGCAGCUUCUUGUGCUCCACUACGACGAAGCAGACACGUGCGCGACAGAGUCGAGCUGCUUUGACGAUGGCGGUCAAUUUGCCAUCACUGCUGUCGACACCAACAUCGGCCGCGUGCUGAAUGCGGUCAAGGCGGCUGGGCUCUCAAACUCGACCGUGUUCGUCGUCGUAUCUGACCACGGACGGAACGAAGAUGGGACGCAUCAUGGUGGCAAGGCCAAGUCGAAUUUCGAGACGCAAUGGGUGGUGUACGGACAAGAUAUCAUCGAAGGAAGCCGCGAACUCAAAAGCGCCAUCUCGAUUGAAGACACAGCCCCGACAAUCGCCCACUUGCUCGGAUUUGUUACCCCGACAGAAUGGCACGGUCGCGUCGUCCACGAGGUGCUCCUCCAAGCCAACGAAAGUCUCUACUCUGCUGCCAAGAGCGCGUGGGGCGCAUGUCUCAACGCAGAAUGCGCACGCAAGACCGGCCACCCCGAAGUUCAAAAGGCGAUCGAGGUCAACUGGACGAUGGGCAUCGUCAGCACAUGCGUCGUCGUUGGUGGUCUCUGCCUCGCGACCUUUGUGCGGUUUUACUCGUACCGUCGGGGGUACGAGCAGCUCUAAUCCGGUCAAAUACAUCGCCAAUUGACGUGAA